CGUGUCGCCACACCUGAGCUCUGCGUGCUGCACAGAAUAUGAAGCAGCAAGACGGGAGCAGCUGUCACCUGUCAACAAGUGCCAUCCGCGCUGUGCCUUUUCACUCGACUUCUUUUCAUUAGCCUUUAACGAGCGGAAAAGUAAAGUCGUUUAGAGACUCCGAGCGAGUCCUCCUCUGCCCUCGCUUACGUCUCCCUGCAGCAGAGAUGGCGAAGAGUCCAUCCAAGAGGUCACUGAAAAGUUUAUUCUCCAAGAGCGAGGCGAACCUGCGCGACUCCGCGGAGAAGGAUGCAGACAAAAUCGAAGGGGAGAAGAAGAGGUUCAGGUUCUUUAGGUUCAGAAGAAAGAACAGUCGUUCAGCCGCGGAGAAGCCAGCUAAUGAGAACCGGCAGGUGUUUCUCAGUCCUGUCGAUUCCACCAAAGAGGAUGGCGAAGCCAGGGCUGAAAAGAACAGCUCACACAACGCGUCGUCUCUCUAUGCCACUGCGCCCAGGUCAAAGGGUAAAGAACUCAGCUACUCGGAUCUGGACCUCCGCAAGCCCAGGAAGUUUGCCACCUUUUCUUUUGGUCUCAGAAGGAGGAAGAAGAAAAAUGAAGAGAGUCUCUCUAAGAGUGCUUAUGGCCUUCACAGCUCGGGCAUCGAAGAGCUAGAAGAGCCUCUUCCGGAUCUCCAUCUGGAGCUGGAUCAAGCCGUUGGCAGGAAAAUGAGUAUGUCUCAACCAGAGCUUGACACCAGAGAUAAAUUUGACAUCCCCUCUCCUCCCCCUGUGGCCGCAAACCAGUCAGGCUCACACUUCACUCUCCCUGACCCACUGCAGUCAUCUGCUGCUGCAAACACCCAUUUAGUGGCAAAGGAGCCUCUCACAAAUGGCUCAGAUUUUCUUGACGUGCACGCAGAGCCGCUGAAAGCACCGAUCGCCACCAUCCCUGAGCUGCAGAUGUACAGCACAGACCUGUCAGAGGAGAAAGAGAAUAUUCCUGUUCAAGGUAACACAGCCAAAGUUGACUCCAGCUCACCUGCCCUCCUGACUCAGACCCUUCAGGCCAGCCAUCCAACAGAUUUACCUGACAUUGCAGAUCUCAAGACGGCAGUUGUUGACUUGGUCUCUGCAAGCAAUGGCCUGAGUGACAAUGAAUCUCUCCAGCAUACAAAAACAGACACAUCUCUCACCAAUUCCACGACAGCUGCAGUACUAAAUCAUCAACUGGAUGCUUGUGACACUGCUGGCAGUAUUAAUCUAAAUGCUGAACCCUCCAUGGCAAGUACUGACUCCGGAAUUGAUUCAUCCGUUAGAGAGAAAACCCCUCUCACAGAGUCCUCAUCUGUCCGUCAAGAAGUCCCAGUUUCUCGCACUGAGAGAUCUAUCUCUGACACUGUCAAGAGUGUCACCACAACCCCAGCUGUUAGCGCUGGGACGAGUAACCCUCCUGGCGAUCAAACUGAAGUGUAUGGAGCAUUGUAUGACUCACUUUUCCCCCAGAGCUUUACCUCAGAGGUUAUAUCAUCCAUCCUAAGCUCUCAAUCUCAAACCAGCACAGAGAUACAACAUCUUGACACCAAAUCUGAAUCGGUCCCAGUGAAAACCUUUGAAUGUCACACAGAAAGAAGCUUCUUAUACUCUAACUUGUCAACAUCAAGCAUGUUGGAUUCUGAUACUCACAGGAAGGAUGAUGUGGAUGGGUAUACCCACUUGAGUGCAGCCUCCAGUGAGAGAAAGGUGAUACCUUCCAAGGAGGACUACAAAUAUGCUUCCUACCAAGUUUCCACUACUACUACUGAGCUUCGAAGAGACAUAGAAAUCGACCGCAGAACUACUUAUGGUUCUGAGCCAGCUGAUAGUUACUCAGGGCUUACCCGCUCCUUUUCAGAGCUGAAAUCAGACAGCUCUGACCUUAUUCACAACACUCUCAGGCAAGUCCCUGAGGCAGAAAACUCUGCCCCUCCUGCAUCAGAGUAUGUUACAUCCCAGGGGACGGACACUCAGGUUACAGACCCCAAACGGAGAGCAGUCCUGGUCAAAGAGUUAGUCACAGAUGAGGCAAGCUCUGAUCCCACCUUUUUCUCUCCUGAGCUGGAAAAAAUGGAUCCAGGGAAGGAUCUUGAGUUAAAAAUCGAAAGGACAAAGGCUUACUCUGUCACGUCUUCGGGACACAUGAGUGCUGAUGGCGCUCUGAGUCCAACGUAUUUCAGCGUGGGAUCAGACGACGGCAGUGCCAUAGAGAUUUACUACAGCGCUGAAGAGGACAAUGCACAGGACAGCGGGGAUGAGCAGGUGUACACAACGGAUGAAAGAGGAGAAAUUUGCAUGGGGGUUAAAGAGGUAGUUGGGCUUCUUGGGGAGGAUCCGCAGCAGAGGGAGAUCACAGAAACGGAUGUAUGCAAGAGGGCUGUGAUUGUUAAAAUGAGGAAUGAGGUCAGCAAUGACGAAAGGAACGAGGGUAGAAGUCAAACAGAGGUGUAUCAACAAUGUACAGAAACGUGGACAUCUCAGCGCCUUGAAGGCAACGAUGCAAAGACUCAAGUGAAAGAAGUAGAAGCUAUAACGUUGCCAGAAGUGGAAUUGGAGUUGAAAGAGUAUGUCAGGCAACGUGAGGAGAUUUCACAGGAGUAUGAGAUUGGAGAGAGAAAGCUAAGCCAGACAGAUGAAGGCAGACACAGAGUAGUGAUUGUCAAAAUGCGGGAAAGCACUGACGACGAGAAUGAAGGGAUCAGUAGCGAAACUGAAGUGUACCAAAGUUCAGCAACAAAAACUUCAAGGUUUCUUGAAGAUAAUGAUGCCAAGAUUCAGGAGAAAGAAGAGGCAACAUGGACAGUUUUGGAGGUAGCGAAAGAUUUGGCAGAGUAUGUUGGGCUGAGUGAGGCGCUCUCAAAGAAGGAGGAUGUCACAGAGACACACUCGAGCCAGACAGAAGAGGGAGGACAGAGGGUGGUCAUUGUCAAAAUGCGGAGUGUUGAGAGCAAUGACGAAAAGAUCAAGGAUAUCGGCAGCCAAACUGAGGUGUACCAACAGAUUGUAGAAACCAAGACGAUUGAGAGUGUUAUAAGGGAUGAUGUAAAGAUUUGGGAAAAUAAAGAAGCACCUGAAGCGUCUCCAGAGAUUGCAGAAGAGGUGAAAGAAGUUGUCCGGGUGAUUGAUGAGCUCUCAAAGCAAGAGGAGAUUUUAGAAAGAAGCUCAAGUCAGACAGAUGAGAGAGGACAGAGAGUGGUGAUCGUCAAAAUGCGGAGUGUGGACGUCAGUGAUGAAAAGGAGGAUAAGAUCAUCCAAACUGAGGUUUAUCAGCAGAUUGUAGAAACCCAGGUGAUUACGUCCCUCGAAGACAGUGACACGAAAAAUCAGGAAAAAGAGAUGUCAACCAAAGUGUUUCAAGGGGUGGCAGAAGAGGUGAAAGAAGUUGUUGCGUUGCAAGAUAUUGCUGAAAGACGAUCAAGCCAGACAGAAGAGGGAGGAAAGAGGGCAGUGAUUGUCAAAAUGCGGAGUGUGGAAGGCAACAAUGAGGAUAAUAUGAGCCGAUCUGAGGUGUACCAACAGAUUAUAGAGACCAAGACCAUUACAUCACUGGAAGACAGCAAUGCAAAAAACAAGGAUGAAGAAAUAGCAGAGGUGGCCGAAGAAAAAGUGAAUGAGUUGGCAGAAUAUGUUGGGCUGCGUGAGGAGGCCUUAAAGCUUGAGGAAAGCCUAUCAAGCCAGACAGAAGAGGGAGGGAAGAGGGCGGUAAUCGUCAAAAUGCUAAGUGUGGAAGGCAACGAUGAGGAUAAUAUGAGCCGAUCUGAGGUGUACCAACAGAUUAUAGAAACCAAGACCAUUACGACUCUUGAAGACAGCGAUGCAAAGAUCACGGACAAAGAUGUAGGAGAGGUGGCUGAAGAAAAAGUGAAAGAGUUGGCAGAAUACGUUGGGCUGCGUGAGGAGGCCUCAAAGCUGGAGGAAAGGAGAUCAAGCCAGACAGAAGAAGGCAGACAGAGGGCGGUGAUUGUCAAAAUGAGGAGUGUGGAAAGCAAUGACGAAAUGAACGAGGACAUCCGUACCCUAACGGAAGUACGGCAAUACCUAAGAGGCCAAGGUACAGAAACUGGGACCACUGAGAUCUGUGAAGACAAUGAUGCAAAGAUUCAGGAGAAAGAAACAGCAACUGAAGUGUCUCCAGAGGUGAAAGAAGGGGUGAAAGAAGUUAUUGGGCUGCUUGAGGAAAUUACAGAAAAGGAGAUAAGAAACCGGGAUGAGGAUGAAGUGAAGGUGGUUGUUGUCAAAAAUGAAGGAGGGAAAGAGGACAUCAGUACCCGAACUGAAGAACUGCAACAACUUAGAGACGAGAGUUCAUUGUACUUGACAUCUAGGACUCUUCACUACGUUGAUGCGAAGAGUCAGGAGAAUGAAGUUGCACCUGCAGCGUUCACACAGGUGGAAGAAGAAGUGAAAGAGUUGAUAGAGGACCUUGAACUGAGUGAUGCGUUGUCAAAGCAAGAGGAGAUUGCAGGAAAAGUGAUAAGCAAGAAAGAUGAGGGAGUCAGUGAGGAGAAGAAAGAGGAAACACUUAGCCAAACGCAAGUAACACAAGACUUAAGACCCCAGAGUUUAGUGUCGGAAAGCAAAGAUGCAAAGAGUCAGGAGACAGAAGCAGCAGCUGCACCGUUCCUAGACGUACAAGGAGAAGUGAAACAGGUUGUCGAGCUGCUUGAGGAUCUGUCAAAACAAGAAGAGAUUCCAGAAAAAGAUGCAAGCAAGAAAAAAGAGGAAAUCCUUAGUCAAACGGAAGUGGCACAACACUCAAGACCCAAGAGUUCAGAAAGUGGGAUCACUCUGUUGCUUCAAAGCAAUGAUGCGAAGAGUAAGGAGACAGAAGAAGCCGCCACAGAGUUCCCAGGCAUGCCAGAAGUGAAACAGGUUGUGGGGCUGCUUGAGGAGCUCUCAAAGCAACAGGAGAUUGCAGAAAAAGAGAUCAGCAAGAGAGAUGGAGGCAAGGAAGAAAAGAAAGAGCAAACAAGUCCCCAAACUGAUGUGCAACAACAACGCCAGAGUGCUGAAGCUGAGACGACUCAGGUUGUUGAAAGCAAUGAUGCAAAGAAUCAGGAGAAAAAAGGACAGGAGGAGAGAAAGGAGGAGUUACUGGCCACACCGGUUGGGCAGGUGAAAACUCUGAUGGUAUGCAACUUUGCUCCACCCUCCAGUGAGUUCCAUGGACCGGGGGAGGGGUCAGAGGGAAACCUGACCAAGAAACUGGAACCAGAAGACCACCCUUAUAGAGAGCAGCAGCUUCCAAGCAAGGAGAUACAAUAUCUGGCAGACAAAGACAUAAGUAGAUCUGAAAGCAUUUAUGCCGCCUCCAGAAACACAGUAGAAGAUACGAUCACACCCUUAUUUAGAGAGGCAGCAGAGCAAGUUUCCCUCCUCACAGAAACAAACGAGAGAGUAAAAGUGAGCACGGAAGCCAGCAGCAGCAGCAGCAGCACGACAGCAAGUGCAGUCACAGAUACUUCAGGUGUAGAGGAGGUUGUCAGGGGUGCUUUGACACUCGGCGCUGAGCUGCAAUCAGAUGCCACAGGGACUGAACACAAUAGGGCUCCACAGGUUAAGGCUGAGUGGGCGGAUACAGUUACUGAGAGCACAAACAGAAGCGGGACGGUGCAAGAGCAGGUGGCAGUCGAGCUGUCAGCCCUGAACGAAGACACACACCUUCCCGAUACUGUAGCUGCAGAGACACACGGAGAGGGACAGAAGCAACCGGCAGACACCAAACCUGACCUGAAUGAGGGGUCCCUGACAGCUUCCAGGGCGCCAACAGCUGCUUCAGAAAAUCCGCUUCCUGAGGCCGACCAGGAAUCGGACGACAAAAUGAAUUCAGGCUACAGCAGCCUGAGCACCAAACUGACUAUCAAGAACUCAUCGCCCCCUAAAGAGGAUGAGUCCAGGUAUCGCUUCCAUAAGAUGUCUCUGAUCGGUGAGUCUGAGAGCACAGAUGGCAGCCAGGACACAGUGGACCCCGUCAACAGCCGCUCCACUGUGACUGAACCCAACAGGUCAGAUCUGGGCUCAGAGUACAGGUGGAGGAACAGAUUCGAGGGGGUGUCUCAGUACCAGCCAUACACUACAGAGGAUUCCUCAUUUUCUGAGUCUCUGAGUUACUCAGAUAACUUCUCCAGCCCCUCCUCUCUGUCCUCCUUGUCCUCCUCCUCUGCUCUCCCCGAGGCCACAGCAUACAAACAUGCCGACAGCGCCUCCUCCUCCCCCUCCCCUGCUGCAGAGGAACACAUCACCCUCAACAGUAGGCUGAGUGACAGGAGCAAAGUUUACCUGAGCCCUGAGAGCGAGCCAUCAGAUGAGUGGAGGAGAGGCUUAGUGGAGCGGGAGGAGCCUGCUGCACCUGCAGGAAAGUGGGAGGGAGAGGGAGAGUCAGAGAGGUUCAAGACGAGCUGGGAGGCACAUCUGAGUCCGGUUACCAGCUCCUUCUCUCCAACACAAACCAGCUACGACAGAACAGACAGUUACAGAGAGGACGACGACUCGUCUCGUUUCACAGGAGUGUUCAAAGCCACGCUGGUCGAGCUGGUCUCCGACCCUGUGCCUCCUGCCCCCUCCACUCCCCCUGCCUCACCUGAAAUAGACUCCCCAUACCAGUGUGAAAUGGACAGCCUGGUGGACACGCUGAAGAACAUGGGACCCUCCAUGAGGCCGAGGAGCAUCGGCCAGCGUGCACCCCCUCCGGUCCUCGUCUCCUCCUUGCCGCCGAUUGUUGAGGAUGCACCCAGCCCCAUCAGCUUGGAUGUCCGUGACUCCAUCAGCACCCCGCUUAAGACGAUUGAAGCAACAGGAAAGCCUGCAGAGUCCCUGAAUGGACUUUACUCUCUGCCUGCAGACCUGGGACUAAAGAGGAACAGCGUCAGAGACACACGGUCUCCACUGGAGCUGAUGAAGCAGGGCCAGCAGGAGCAUCUUGUGAACUCCCCCCUAAGAGCGUCUUCCACCAACAGUAUUGUAAUGAGAAAGUCCUCUGACUCUUCUCCUGAGGACUUAAAAUCCCCCAUGCUGAAUGGGAAUGGAGUAGUUCAGUCUCCUGGCCCUACCUCCCGCUUGGACAGCAGCGUGAUCUUCGGGAACUACAGGGCAGGCUCCAUCGACCAGAACCAGGAAAACCGACAAGCCCAUCGCCCACUCUUCCGUACCGGCUCGCUGCCUGAAACAGGGCUGUCCAAUGACCGCAUGAGCAUGGCAGCAAAGGACUUUACUGACAUGAGUACCGGAGCAGACCCAGCCGGGUCGCGCUUUGAUCGUUUCUCCUUCCUUUUAAACUCCUCCGCCUCCUCAUCGGGCUCCUUGACAGGAGCAGAAGAACCUAACAUGCGUAUGAGUCGGCCUUCAUCUCUGGGCAUCGGCUCGCCGCCCACCAUCAACAGCCCCAGCCGCAUCCUCAGCCCAACCGGCUCCUUAGACCUCCAGCGGUCAUUAACCAGCCCAGACUCACCCUUAUCUAUGUUUGGCCAGAACCAAAACCAGAAUCAGGGAAUGGGGAUGGGUCUGACUCCCCUACUGCAGCGGAGCUUCAGUGCUGAUGGCACCUCAGGGGUCCAGCAUAGUCCAUUGUUCAACAAUGUGCAUGCAGGGUCUCAGUUCCAGAGCCAAGAACAGGAGAGGAAUUUACUGUCCAAAUACAGAGCCUUCCCUGAUGCCUAUCUCACCAAAGAGAAGGAGCAUGGGAAGCUGAAUCCCCGCCCUGGAAAGAUGUUUAUCUUUGACCAGCCAGGGAUGUGUGGUCAGAGGAUCGAGGUGCGCAGUGAUAUCGUUGAUGCUACGCCCUGGGAGUUGCAGGAGACAAUCUCCAUCCGGGUCGUCAGAGGAGGAUGGGUUCUGUAUGAGAAGCCAAACUUCAAAGGAGAGAAGAUUGCUCUGGACGAGGGCGACAUCGAGCUCUCCUACCCCUUCGGCCCUCCAGAGGAGCAGCUGCAGAACGGGCAGCAGCAGAAUGGGCAGCAGCAGAAUGGGCAGCAGCAGAACGGGCAGCAGCAGGGCGAGAAACAGAACGGAGAGCCAAAUGGAGAGAAGCAGAACGGAGAGCCCAACGGAGAAACAAGUGAUGUGCAGACAGAGACCAAACCACAGAGGAGGUUCAUCAUUGGAUCUCUCAGAAGAGCUGUCAGAGACUACAGCGUCCCAGAGAUCAGUCUGUUCCCAGAGGAGAAUGCAGAAGGGAAGAAGGUCAUUUUCAGAGACACGUCUGAUGAUGCCAGGAUCUUUGGCUUCCCCAUCAAGGCUAACUCUAUCAUCAUUCAAGCUGGACUGUGGCUUGUUUACGCACACCCCUUCUUCCAGGGCGUACCCCGGGUCCUUGAGGUCGGAGGGUAUUCUAACCCUGCAGCCUGGGGGGUAGAGAGCCCCUAUGUGGGGUCACUGCAUCCGCUCAAAGUAGGGGAGCCCAGAGUGGAAAAUAUGAAUGAGCCUAAGAUUGUGAUCUACGAAAAGGCGUACUUCACGGGGAAAACGAGGACCAUAACCACCAACACGAGAGACUUCAUGACCAGAGUGGACCGGCAACAGAAGGCCUUUAUGUACAACGUUGGCUCCCUCAAAGUACACGGAGGAAUAUGGGUGGGCUACGAGAAGGAGGGCUACAGAGGCCACCAGUACCUGCUGGAGGAGGGGGAGUACCAGGACUGGAGGGUUUGGGGUGCCUGUGAUUGUGAGCUGCGAUCAGUCCGAGUCAUACGGGCGGAUCUGGUGGAGCCUUUAAUGGUGAUGUUUGAACAGCCAGAAGAAGACCAAGAAGGCUUGCCAGAGGGGAACAGCUUCGAGGUGACGGAGGCCAUCACUGACGUGGAAAUGUUUGAAUACAAAACCUCCACACGCUCCAUCCACGUGCUGAGCGGGGCAUGGGUGGCUUACUCCCAUGUAGACUUCUCCGGACACCAGUACAUCUUAGAGAAGGGUUUCUACAACAACUGUGCCGACUGGGGCUCUCAGGACAACCGCAUCUGCUCAGUGCAGCCCAUCCUGCUGGCUCCAAGUGACAGUUCCAGGGUCAGGGCUCAGGUAAUACUUUACUCUGAGCCAGACUUCCAGGGUGAGUGUCACGUCUUUGAUCGCAACCAGGAAGCACUGCCAGAAAAAUUACUGACAAAGUCCUGCCGAGUGUCAGGCGGAAGUUGGGCGCUCUACGAGGAUAUAAAGUUAUCUGGGAACUUGUACGUCCUUUCUGAAGGAGACUACCCCAACCUCACUAGCAUGGGAUGUCCGCCCAGCAGCACUAUCCGUUCUUUCAAAGCUGUACCACUGACAUUCUCAGUUCCAUCCAUCUCUCUGUUCGGCCUUGAGUGUCUGGAGGGCAGAGAGAUCACCACAGAAGCAGAGGUCAUCAGCAUGGUGGAGGAAGGCUUCAACAACCACAUUCUGUCUGUCAGAGUCAACAGUGGCUGUUGGGUGAUUUGUGAGCACAGCAACUACAGGGGGCGCCAGUUCCUCCUGGAACCGAUCGAAAUCACCAACUGGCCCAAGUUUAGCACACUGCAGACAAUUGGAUCAAUGUUUCCAGUCAGACAGAAGCGACACUUUUUCCGAAUCAAGAACAAAGAAAGAGGUCACUUCCUGUCCAUCCAGGGCGGCGUUGAGGAGCUGAAAUCAGGACGAGUCGUGGUGACUCCUGAAGUAGAGGGCCUAAGUGACAUCUGGUUCUAUCAGGACGGCUUCAUUAAGAGCAAGAUGUCCCCACUCAUGAGCCUCCAGGUGAUGGGUAACAUUGAACCUGCAGCCAAAGUGGUUUUGUGGUCGGUGACUCGACAGCCCAUCCAGAACUGGACGGCCAAGAUGAGAGGCCUCAUCAGCAGCCUGACGUUCCCCGGUUUGGUGCUGGAUGUCAAAGGUGGCAAAACUUACGACAAGGACCAUGUGGUGAUCAUGCCAGAGAAUGAGGAGAGACCGAGCCAACAGUGGGAGAUAGAGCUGCUGUAACUUGAUUUAAAAAAUACUUUCCUUUCUCAGCAGUUCACCAUCAGUUAGCUCUUUUUACAGAAGAUUAUACUUUGUUAAAUAAAACUUCUGCCGCUUGAUGAUGUAACUUAUUUCAGCGCCUUUGCAAAGUCCUGUGAAUACUUUACUUAAAUUCCAGAAGACAGAUAUUGUUUUCUGCAUAAAAGGACUCAAAGAAGAAAAGCUGACCCGCUACAGCCACUAGUUGUAAACAAGAGAAAAUGUGGUUUUAAGGAGCUCCUGAACUACUGUAUAUAGUCCCAGCAAAGAAGCAGUCAUUUCUAUGCAAUGAUUGAAGCUUUGUCUUUCACUUCAAACUUCUGGUUAUUAUAUCAAGAAUAACCCUGUUUAAGACUCCCUGCUCGGGUAAAUUUCUGACUAUAGAAGCCCUCAAUGUGUUUCUGUUGUUUUUAACACCAGGGCAAAAGUUAGUCGUCUUCUGGUCACUUCCUUGAGCUAGCAGCAAAUGGCUACCAAUGCUGUACACAGAUAGGUGAUGAAUGAAGCCAAAGGAAAGUGUAGUGUGCAAAUGAAUAUAUUUUGUAUGUAUUAUUUGAACUUGUGUUAAUUUUGUGGGAAACAUUGUGGUUAUGAAAUGGGCUGUGUGUGUCCUGUUACUCUAUUUCUUAAGUUGUUACAUGGAUUUGUGUUACCUGUUAAUAUUUGAUACUAAAGAUUUUAUAUCAAAGGUUAUGUAAGAGGGGAUGGUUUUAAAGUAUUAAAUAAAAAA